GCAAACUUUUAUCAACCUGCUCAAACUUUCAUUGACCCUGUUGGAAAUCACUGGUCUAUAUUUUUUAUCCCAUCUUGCAGUUAUGCUGUUUAUUAGAGGGCACUAUUUACACUGAAUUUAUUUGAAUAAUAAAUGCUAUUAUUAUUUGCGGCGACAAAUCACGGACUGGUGAGAUGGCGCCACUCCGCUACGAGUUUCCCGGGAAUCCCGGAUAGAAAAACGGGAACUGGGUUUUUCCCAGAGAGAGAAUUCUGGGUAUUGUUGCUUCUUCUUCUUGUCGGGUGAUCGCUGCCUUGAGCACGUGUAGCUCUCUUUCAAGUGUACUCGAGGAUUGUUGUUAAAUAAAUGUUGUUUUAGUUUAAAACGUGGUCGUGGACUUAACUAAUUCACGUUUACAGCCUUCUGAUAAAGACAGUCUUUGUGGAGAUGUAAAUGGAUGGAAAAAGACGGCCAGAUUUCAUCUAACCGAUGGCGGCCAUCCAUUACCUCCAGUGGUGACCCGAACGUGAUUCGACGUGAAUUCGAACACCAAAGAAAGAACAAGACCUUUACUAGUACUGCAUUGUGUUCCCUCAGUGGAUAAUACGGAAUAAAUUCCGCGACUACUAUAGACGACGCUCCUUGGAUAGGUGAACCGCUCGCUACUCCUAACCGGCGAAAUUGUCCCCACAUUUGUGUGUCUGCAACCUCUUGCCUGAAUAAGUCAUCUAACACGGGUAAGUGGAGUUUCUGUUCCAUAUUUUUUUGCUGUUCUGCUGAGUAGGUAUCCCCUGGUUGCCUUAAAAUGCCAAACGAAAUCGAUCUUAAGCCAGAAAUCAGUCGGGUAGCUCUUAAACUUCCCCAAUUUUGGGAUAAAGAAGCCGAUUUAUGGUUUAUUAAUAUUGAGGCCCAGUUUAAACUCGCCGAUAUAUCGCAAGAUACUACUAAGUAUUACGCAGUGGUUUCAGCUCUCAACUCGGAAGUGUUAGCGUACGUGAGCGAUAUCGUUAAAAACCCUCCUAGGGAAAAUUUAUAUCAAACACUAAAAGAUCGACUCAUAGCAGAAUUUUCCGAUUCCGAACAAAAACGAGUGAAAGAUUUGCUGUCUAAUGCCGUGUUAGGAGAUGAUAAACCAUCUCAUCUUUUACGCAAAAUGCGACAACUAGCUAGUAAUAAAGUCGGGGAGGAAUUUUUAAGAACGCUAUGGAUUCAGCGUUUACCCAAAGAAACUCAGGCAAUUCUUUCUGUUUCCGAUGGGGAUUUAGACAAAUUAGCCCAAAUGGCCGAUAAAAUUCUCGAGCUCACACCUUUGCAAAUAGCCGAAACUAAUUUAGCAAAGAACGAAAAUAAUACACACGCGGCCAUAAUGAAGCUCCAAACGCAGGUCGCUGAAUUAACAGAGCAAGUUAAUCGCCUGGCAAGGCCCAGCGACAGACAAUCACGCGAUUAUAGACACCCCCGGAAUCGAUCUCGGAAUCGUCGGCGUUCGCAGACACCUGUUCGAUUCCAGGCAAAAGACCUAUGCUGGUAUCACGCGAAGUUUGGUGCUCAAGCAAAUAAAUGUAAGGCCCCUUGUAAAUUCCGAGUUCAGGGAAACUAGCUCGGAAAUCACACGUGGCGCAAUGUG